AUGAUCCGAGCCAGAACCUCGUCGCUGUUCUCUGCUUAUCAGCUGCUUCUCCUGCUGACGGCCAUCGCUUUGGAGCUUCCGCCAUCAGCAGCAGGAAGCACCAACUCCUCGCUGACCAACCGCACCAAGUGUGGCGGCAGCACCAAAUGCAUCGAGGGCGUCAUCCUGCCAGUGUGGAAACCCGACAACCCGGCCUUUACCGACCGCCUCGCCAGAGCCACCAUCUACUUCGUAGGAUUGGCAUACAUGUUCCUGGGCGUCUCCAUCAUCGCCGACCGCUUCAUGGCGUCCAUCGAGGUCAUCACCUCGCAGGAGAGGCAGAUCACCAUCAAGAAACCGAACGGGGAGAAGGUCACCACGACGGUGCGCGUCUGGAACGAGACAGUGUCCAAUUUGACCCUGAUGGCGCUCGGUUCAUCCGCCCCAGAAAUCCUCCUGUCGGUGGUGGAAGUCUGCGGUCACAACUUUACCGCUGGCGAGCUGGGUCCCAACACCAUCGUAGGAAGCGCCGCCUUCAACAUGUUUGUCAUCAUCGGCCUCUGUGUGUCCGUCAUCCCUGAAGGAGAAACCCGGAAGGUGAAGCACCUGCGGGUGUUCUUCGUCACCGCCACUUGGAGCGUCUUCGCCUACACCUGGCUCUACCUGAUCCUCGCCGUCUUCUCUCCAGGUGUCGUCCAGAUAUGGGAGGGGCUUCUUACGCUCUUCUUCUUCCCUCUUUGUGUCGGAUUCGCUUAUGUGGCCGACCGCAGGCUGCUGUUCUACAAAUACAUGUACAAGCGAUACAGAGCGGGGAAGCAGAAGGGAAUGAUCAUCGAAACCGAGGGGGAGCCGGAGCUGCCCUCCAAGGUCGACAUCGAAAUGGACGGUAAAAUGCUCAACUCCCACGGCGAGGAAUUCCUGGACGGGGAGGCGGGGUUUGAGGAGAAGGAGCUGGACGAGGAGGAGGCCCGCAGAGAGGUUGCCCGAAUCCUGAAGGAGCUGAAGCAGAAGCAUCCAGAGAAGGAUAUGGAGCAGCUGAUGGAGCUCGCCAACUACCAGGUUUUAACUCAGCAGCAGAAGAGUCGGGCUUUCUACCGCUGCCAGGCGACCAGGAUUAUGACUGGAGCUGGAAACAUCCUGAAGAAGCACGCCGCCGACCAGGCCAAGAGAGCCACACAGCUCGACCUGAGCUCCGAGGUGUCGGCCAAUGACUUCUCCUCCAAGGUGUUCUUCGACCCCGGUACCUACCAGUGUCUGGAGAACUGCGGCAGCGUUCUGCUGAACGUGGUGCGUCGCGGCGGAGACCUAACCAGCACCGUCACGGUGGAUUACCGGACUGAAGACGGCACCGCCAACGCCGGCUCAGACUACCAGUUCGCUGAGGGCACGGUGGUGUUCCAACCCGGCGAGACCGAGAAAGAGAUCUGCAUCGACAUCAUCGAUGAUGACAUCUUUGAGGAAGACGAGCACUUCCUGGUUCACCUCAGCAACGUAAAGGUCAUGUCAGAGAAUCACCAGGCCAACCACGUGGACGCCCUCGCAGGUCUGGGUUUGCCGUGCACAGCUGUCGUCACCAUCUUCGAUGAUGACCACGCCGGCAUCUUCACGUUCGAGGAGCCGGUGGUGACGGUGAGCGAGAGCGUCGGGGUGAUGGAGGUGAAGGUGGUGCGGACCUCGGGAGCUCGUGGCGUCGUGGUGGUGCCAUAUAAGACCACGGAGGGGACGGCAAAAGGAGGUGGCGAGGACUUUGAGGACACGCAUGGAGUCCUGGAGUUUGAGAACGAUGAGAUCUUCAAAACUAUUCGGAUCAAUAUCAUCGAUGAUGAAGAGUACGAGAAAAACAAGAACUUCUUCCUAGAAAUCGGGGAGCCGCGGCUGCUGGAGAUGAGCCAGAGGAAAGCUGUGUUGCUUCAAGAAGUCGGUGGAUUCGUGAAGAUAGACAAACAGCUGUGCGGCAGAGACGUCUACAGGAAGGUUCAGGGACGAGAGCAUCCCGCCGCCUCCACCGUCAUCAGCAUCACAGAGGAGGACGGUGAGGAGGUGCUGACCAAGAAGGAGGAGGAGGAGCGUCGGAUCGCUGAGAUGGGCCGACCGACGCUGGGAGAACACGUCAGACUGGAGGUCACCAUCGAGGAGUCCUACGAAUUCAAGAGCACGGUGGAUAAACUCAUCAAGAAGACCAACCUGGCCCUGCUGAUCGGGACCAACAGCUGGAGAGAGCAGUUUGUGGAGGCCAUCACCGUCAGCUCCGGUGACGAUGAUGACGAUGAUGAGCGUGGUGAGGAGAAGCUGCCCUCCUGCUUUGACUACGUCAUGCACUUCCUCACCGUCUUCUGGAAGCUUCUGUUUGCCUUCGUGCCUCCCACCGACUACUGGAACGGCUGGGCCUGUUUCGUCGUCUCCAUCUCCGUCAUCGGCCUCCUGACGGCGGUGAUCGGGGACCUGGCGUCGCAUUUCGGCUGCACCGUCGGCCUCAAAGACUCCGUCACUGCUGUGGUGUUCGUGGCUUUGGGCACCUCUGUACCAGACACCUUCGCCAGUAAGGUUGCAGCCAUCCAGGACCAAUAUGCCGACGCCUCCAUUGGCAACGUGACAGGAAGUAACGCUGUCAACGUCUUCCUGGGGAUCGGCGUGGCCUGGUCCAUCGCCGCCAUCUACCACAGCAUCAAGGGUGAAGAGUUCAAGGUGGACCCGGGCACGCUGGCUUUCUCCGUCACGCUUUUCACCAUCUUCGCCUUCAUCUGCAUCGCCGUCCUCAUCUACCGCCGCCGACCCGAGAUCGGCGGGGAGCUCGGUGGCCCCCGAGUCCCCAAGAUCCUGACCACCAGCCUGUUCUUCAGCCUGUGGUUAAUGUACAUCGUUUUCUCCUCGCUGGAGGCCUACUGCCACGUAGAGGGCUUCUAA